AUGACAGUGCAGCAUAAGUGGGUUCAGAAGCAGUGUCUAGAGCUCAAUGCCACCAGGCCCAACUUGGCGGUACCCCGAGUGGAGGUGACCCUGUACUAUGAGAGCCUGUGUCCAGGCUGCAGGGCCUUCCUCAGCCAGCAGCUCUUUCCCACCUGGGCCAUGCUCCAAGACAUCAUGGACGUCAAAUUGGUGCCCUACGGCAAUGCACAGGCAUAUUUUCUACAUUCAGUGGGUCGGUACUCAGCAUUCCAAGUCAUUUACUGCAUGGAAUCUGCAGCUAACUUUCUUGAUGCUGCCCAACCUUGCUUACAGCUGCACAUCCCCUCCAUGAUGUGGGACAGUGUAACACCCUGUGUGAAGGGAGAGCUCGGCUUCAAACUGAUGCAUGAGAACGCCCUGAAGAGCAAAGCUCUCAGUCCGGCCAAAACACACGUCCCCUGGGUGACUAUUAAUGGGGAAUACACGGAGGACUUUCAGGACAAAGCAAUGUCAUCGCUUUUCAACUUGGUCUGCAAAAUGUACAAGGUGAGUAAGCACCCUGCCUGUACUGGGGCACAGACGAAACUAGACACGCGUUUGUACUGA